AAAGAAAGAAUCAUUUAGUUACUAACAGCACCCAAAAUAUAAUAUAUUUUUUCUCUUUGACGAAAUCACCCCUUCACUAAAGGCACUAUCUUAUGAAGAAGGGGCAUUGCCACGUAAAUUCACUCGCGAGAGCCUUUCCUUCAAUGUACGCUUCGUUGCAGAUAAUCAUGCACGCCACCAAAUUAGGGUUCAUUUUCACACCUCUCAGCUGCUAAAGCUUUGCUUUUGUACGCUAAUUAUUCCCUCCGUAACCGUGCUCUGCAAAAAUUAGUCUCAAAUUCUCGAGGGGUUAGGGUUUUCCUCCGCACCAACAACAAUGAACGGUGCCGGAUCGGGAUCCUCGAACCUCUGCAUAAACGACACUCUCACUGACGACGAGCUUCGUUCGAUCCUGGCGAAGCUGGAGAGCGAGAAGGACAAGGAGAUCUUCGGGUUGGUGUGUAAGAGGUGGCUCCGAUUGCAGAGCACCGAAAGGAAGAAGCUUGCGGCGCGUGCAGGUCCACACAUGCUUCGCAGAAUGGCUGAUAGGUUCACGCGCUUGCUCGAAUUGGACCUUGCCCAGUCCGUUUCGCGGUCGUUCUAUCCCGGCGUCACCGAUUCCGACCUCGCCGUCAUCGCCAAUGGUUUCACAUGCUUGAGGGUCCUCAAUUUGCAUAAUUGUAAAGGUGAACUCUUUUUCCCUUUUUUUUUCCGUUGUUUUUGUUUACUUCUGAUCGUCUUGUUGCAGUCAUUGGAUGUAUCCUACUGCAGAAAGCUGACUGACAAGGGACUAUCUGCUGUCGCUAAAGGCUGUAGCGACUUACGGGUAUUGCAUCUCGCCGGUUGCAGAUUCGUUACGGAUGGUAUAUUAGAAGCUCUCUCCAAAAACUGUCAUAAUCUAGAAAAACUGGGAUUGCAAGGGUGCACAAAUAUUACCAACUAUGGAUUGAUAAGCCUUGCAAGUGGUUGUCAACAGAUCAAGUAUUUGGACAUCAACAAAUGCAGUAAUGUCAGCGAUGUUGGUGUCUCUAGUGUUUCUAGGGCUUGUUCAUCAUCUCUCAAGACGUUGAAGUUGUUGGAUUGCUACAAAAUUGGGGAUGAAACCAUAUUAUCCUUGUCCAAAUACUGCGAUAAUCUUGAGACUCUAAUCAUUGGUGGUUGCCGGGAUGUCUCCAACGACGCAAUAAAAUCUCUUGCUGCUGCAGGUAGGAGCAAUCUUAAGAACUUAAGGAUGGAUUGGUGUCUAAACCUCUCGGAUUCAUCAUUGAGCUGUAUUUUAAGUCAAUGCAGAAACCUUGAGGCACUGGACAUUGGUUGCUGUGAGGAGGUGAGCGAUGCUGCUUUCGAGCUUAUAAGCAGCGAGGAGGUGGAUUUGAGGUUGAAGAUUUUGAAGGUUAGUAACUGUCCGAAGAUCACAGUGGCAGGAAUAGGCAUUCUUGUGGGAAAAUGCAGUUAUCUGGAAUACUUGGAUGUGAGAUCAUGCCCACAUAUUACUAAGGCUGGCCUGGAUGAGGCUGGUCUCCAUUUUCCUGAAUUCUGUAAAGUUAAUUUUAAUGGUACCAUCAAUGAGCCUGUUGUGCUUAUUUGAUUCUAUAAUUAUAAUUAUAAUUCUUAGUUGUAAAGAUUUGGCAUCGACAUAGGGUAUUCUUCCUACAUCAAUAUGAUGAACUUUAUUGAUAAGAGAGGAGAAUAUUUUUAGUUUUCUUAUGGAACCCACAUGUGUAAUGUAAUGUAAUGUAAUAUAUAUCAUAAUUUGUUGUGAUUUGAGUUGUAAAUUUUGGCAGUAUGAUUACGAUUGUUUUCA